AUGCGGGGCAGCCGGACUGGCCAGCGAGACAAAGACGAAGCGGGAAAGAGAGGACUGGAGACGACGCUGCUUGGGGCACGGGGGCCAGAGGGGGUGGUCGGCCCGAGCGGGGGCAGCGCCGAGCCUCGAUCUGCUCGCCUGGAAGGAAAUGACCCGGAGGGCCGGUUGGCAAGGGGGCCCGGCCGCUGCACGCCACCGCCCUGCGGGCACCCCACUGCCCUCGCCUACACCCCGGAGACCCUGCGAUGGGCAUCGGCUCCCUCUGAGGGGCUCUGCCCUUGCGGGCGGCGGCGCAGGCCGCGCUCCGGGCGGUGCAGCCUGGGUGUUCCGGGCGGCGUCGCCCCGGGCAGCGCGCCCGCGGUUAUCGCGCGGGAUCUGCGCGGCCGCCUCGCCCCUGCGCGGCGGGGCCCCGCGGACUUUUACCACCCGGCCGGGGGGAGCCCCACGGCCGCCUACCAGCCGCCUCCUCCUCCCCCCGCCGCGCCUCCGCCUCCUGCCCCCUGCAGCGGGGUUACCUGUCACGGGGAGCCCGCUAAAUUUUACGGAUACGAUAACUUACAGAGACAGCAGAUUUUUACGACACAGCAAGAGGCCGAGCUGGUACAAUAUCCUGACUGUAAAUCGUCCAGUGCUAAUAUUGGCGAGGAACCAGACCACUUAAAUCAGAGCUCGUCUCCUGCUCAAAUGUUUCCCUGGAUGAGACCACAAGCAGCGCCGGGUAGGAGGAGAGGAAGACAAACAUACAGCCGAUUCCAGACUCUAGAGCUGGAAAAGGAGUUCCUAUUUAACCCCUAUCUGACCAGGAAGAGAAGGAUCGAGGUGUCUCAUGCACUAGGACUCACCGAGAGGCAGGUAAAGAUCUGGUUUCAGAACAGAAGGAUGAAAUGGAAAAAAGAGAACAACAAGGACAAAUUCCCCGCUUCCAGACAGGAGGGAAAGGAAGGGGAGGCCAAAAAGGAAGCACAUGAUCUGGAAGAAGACAGAGCCGAAGGCCAGACGAAUUAAUUUUUGCCUCAAAUGUCUUUGUAAAAGUCAAUCAAAAAUAACCAGGGCUGAAGCCCGACAUCUUGGCUCAUCCACCCCUCUACCUGAUCUUGUCGUGGGACGAGUGACCCCACGUCCCUCCGUUUGACAUUUCUCUGCUUCGAGUGCUUCACUUGUUUGUGCUUUUACUUUGUUUAUAGGCGUAUCCAGAACGAUCUCUAGAUUUAACAUUUCAUCUACUUAUUUUUUCAAAU